CCGGUUUGCGUCGGAGCAGCCGGCAACCCGGAAGUUGACCCUGCGCGGUUGCACAUGGCCGCGCCCUGGGAGGAUGCCGCUGGUGGUGUUUUGCGGGCUGCCGUACAGCGGCAAGAGCAGGCGCGCGGAGGAGCUCCGCGUGGCACUGGCGGCGGAGGGCCGCGCGGUGUACGUGGUGGACGACGCGGAGGUGCUGGGCGCGGAGGACGCGACAGUGUACGGCGAUUCGGCCCGUGAGAAGGCCUUGCGUGGGGCCCUGCGAGCGGCCGUGGAGCGGCGCCUGAGUCGCCACGAAGUGGUCAUCCUCGACUCGCUUAAUUACAUCAAGGGCUUCCGCUACGAGCUGUACUGCCUGGCGCGGGCGGCGCGCACUCCGCUCUGCCUGGUCUACUGCGUAAGGCCAGGCGGUCUGAGCGGGGGACCGCGGGUGGCGGGCGCGGAUGAGAGUCCGAGCCGCAAUGUCAGUGUGAGUUGGAGGCCGCGAGCUGAGGAGGGAGGGAGACCUCUGGCGGCGGGCACCGGUGUCCUCGGGGAACUGCAGGCAGUGGACUCUGUAGUAAAUGGGAGAGCCCAGGCAGAAGUACCCAAGGAACUGGAGCGGGAGGAAACCAGGACGCCAGAUUUUCCAGCUCUUGUGACUUCGGAAUUCGAGAAGUCUGCAGAGCAUGUGUCCGGUGCCUUUUACCCUCCCGAACUUCUGGAGGCCCUAGCGCUGCGCUUCGAAGCUCCCGACUCUCGGAACCGCUGGGACCGGCCCCUGUUCACCUUGGUAGGCUUAGAGGAACCGUUGCCUCUGUCAGAGAUGAGAGCUGCCUUGUUUGAGAACCGGGCUCCUCCACCCCAUCAGUCUACACAGUCACAGCCACUUGCCUCCGGCACUUUUCUGCACCAGUUGGACCAGGUCACCAGCCAGGUGUUGGCAGGGCUGAUGGAAGCUCAGAAGAGCGCAGUCCCUGGAGACUUGCUUAAGCUUUCUGGCACCACAGAGCACCUGCGGUUUACCCGGCCUUUGACCAUGGCAGAACUGAGUCGCCUCCGUCGCCAGUUUAUUUCUUACAGUAAAAUGCAUCCCAACAAUGAGAACCUGCCUCAACUGGCCAACAUGUUUCUGCAGUAUCUGAGCCAGAGCCUGCACUAACCAGAGCUGGUGGGGGAAAGUCAUGGCUCCUUGUCUUAACCACUGCACUCUCUGUUUCUCUGGGAAGAAUAAUCUGAAGGUCUGCAGAAUAUAUUGAUGCGUGGAAAUAGAGCUAUUGCGACCGAUUCACUCAUACGUUUCUGAAUGCCUCUGUGCCAGGCCUUGAGUUUACAGCAUAAAUUGAGACUAGAGAGAAUGGAGCACUAGCUUGGAGGAGCUUGGCAAGUUUCUCUAGAGGACAGAGCUCUGGUGGACAGGGUUUACUUAGAUUGGGUUCUACUUGGGAUAGCACACACCAUUGAUUUCCCCCAUCUGAAUUGUGGGAAAGCAGACUGGAUGGAUGAAUUGUUUUAAAAUAAUUGUGAACAGAACUGAAGAUGACAACAGUUUUGCAUCUGUACUGGCCCUUUUUUCAUACCACAGUUUUUUGAGUACUGUGCCUACUUUUUGCUAGUCUCUGUCCUGGGGCCUGGGAUCACAGAUAGAUCCACUGGUUUCUGUCCUUGGGAAGCUUUUGUUCUAAUGGUGAAAGACAAAACCACUAGAUUGUUUCAUUUAAUAAAAUCUUU